AUGUCUGAAGACGACAUCGACCUCGCCGGCCCGGACGCUCAAGGGCCCGGCCGCGUCGAUCGCGACCGCCGGGCGCCGAGGUUCAGCUGGACGCCCGCCUACGAGACCACCUUCUUCCGCAGCCUGUGCGAGAGCGUGCAGCUGGGCAUGCGGGAGAACAGCAGCUUCAAGGCCGAGGCGUGGGAGCGCGCCGCCCAGGCCCUGCAGGAGCAUCACGGCGCCUACCCGGCCAAGAGCCACCUGAUCAACAAGAGCGACAAUGCCCGCAAGCGGUUCCGGCUGUGGCGAGGCCUGCGAGAGGACCCCGACUUUCUGUACAGCGCCCAGACGAGGACUGUGACGGCGACCGAGGAGGCAUGGAAAGCGCACAUCGAGCGCGAGCCUUUGUCGCGAGCCCUCAGGGGGAGGCCCUUUGACCACGAAGAAUACAUGGAGGUGCUGUACCCGGACGUGGUUGGGUCCGGCGGUGCGCCCAAGAGGAUCAUGAAGCCCCGGCGGAAGACCGACGGCCAGCCUUGCGACGACACCGAGAUGCCGGGCACCGGCGUCUUGAACCUGCAGGCCGACUCGACACCGCUCCUGGUACAAGACUCCGCCGAUGGCCAGAGCCAACCACCGCCGUCGCCGCAGAAGAGCUCCCAGAAUCAAGCCCCGGUAGCUCUCUCAUCCGCAUCAGGCACUCAGCAGCGUCCCACCACCGCGCCCUCUGUGCCACGCAACCUGACCGCUGGGCAGGCAACGGUUCUCACGCCUCCUGAAGACUCGCAGCCCCAAAGCCGAAAGCGACCCUCGCCCAUGGCUUCGUUGCAGUCUGUCGACUUUUCCUCGCAAGCAUCUGGACCGGCCCUAUCACAUUCCGCACUUCCAAACUCGCCAGAAAAGCGCCGUCGACUGUCCCAUCGAGAUGACAGUGCCUCGAGCGCAAGCGUGCCUACACCUCUAUUAGCCUCUUCUCUCCCAGCCACGGGGACGAAAUCGACCCCUGACACUCGAUCCCGUCCGGAAACCCAGGCGGCCCAUCUUCAGACGAUUAUAGAAGCGCUCGACUACUUUUCCAAGGCAAGCAGGUCGCGUAUGUGGCGGGAAGAGGCCGUGGACUUGCUCUUCAAGGACUUUGCCGAUGAGGAUGCGGAUCUGAAGAUUAACAUAUCAGAGAAUGUUUUGAGCGACGAGCACAAGGCCAUGGUGUUUUGCAAGAUGCCCCUGCAUCUGCGGCAGCACUGGAUCAAGAAGCUCCGUGGCAACAAGACAUAA